AUGCUUCUUCCUACACUCCUAUCCCUGGGAUUACUAUCCUUGGCCGAGGCCGCCACGUCCUCGGGCUGCGGCAAAAAUCCCACUCUCGCCAAUGGAGUCCACAAUAUCAAUGGCCGCGAGUACAUCCUAAAGAUCCCUGACGAUUACGACUCAAACAAGCCGCAUCACCUCGUUUUCGGCCUCCAUUGGCGAGGCGGAAACAUGGUUUCUGUCGUCGACGGCCAAAGCGUUCAACCCUGGUACGGUCUCGAAAGCCGAGCGCAGGGCAGCGCGAUCCUGGUAGCUCCCAACGGCAAGAACGCUGGCUGGGCCAACUCCAACGGAGAAGACGUGGCCCUCAUCGACGCUAUUAUCCAGGAAGUCGAGGGUGACCUCUGUGUGGACCCGAGCUCUCGCUUCGCGACGGGCUUCAGUUGGGGCGGUGGAAUGAGCUAUUCGCUUGCUUGUUCGCGGGCGAAGCAGUUCAAGGCUGUUAGUGUGCUGAGUGGUGGUGUGAUUAGUGGAUGUGAUGGGGGCCAUGAUCCUAUCGCUUAUUUGGGUAUUCAUGGGAUCAAUGACCCAAUUCUACCAUUUGACGGGGGUGUGGAUCUGGCGAAUAAGUUUAUUGAGAACGACCAGUGCCAGCAAGCAAACAUCGAUAAGCCGGCGUCUGGGAGUGGCAGUUCCUCUCGAACGGACUUCCACGGGUGCUCCAAGCCAGUUUCCUUCAUUGCUUAUGAUGGGGGACAUGAUCCUGCGCCCCUGGGUGUUGAGAGUUCUCUGGCUCCAGAUGCGACCUGGGAAUUUUUCAUGGGCGCUUGA